CUUUCCCUUUCUUUCUCAUCUGAAUUGGGAAAAAAUAAAUAAAUAAAAAAGUCGGUAAUCUCUUCUGAGUUUUGUCGUUUGAUUUUCCUGGUUUUGAAUCGAAGUAAUUGGUCGUUGGUGGGUAAUCGGAGGUGCGGAUUAUACGACGUCGUACGUGUGGUUUGGUUAGGUAGGACUGGACUGGACAGAGAUGGGUGGUGGUGAAGUUGAAGCGGUGGGGAAUGGAGGAGGAAUAACAGCGAUGGAAUUCUUCCGGGAGGGGGAGGGUGAUGAAACGGCGUCGUACACUUGGCCUCCGAGAAUCCCCAGACGCCUUUCCAGGCGCCUCCACUGUAAGACUCCCUGCACCGUCGAGAAAAUUGAAGCUAAGCUUCGUCUCGCCGAUCUUCGCCGUCAGGAAUACUAUGAGAAGUUGUCGAGCAAGGCACGGCCGAAGCCUCGAAGUCCCGUGCGGUCUUCCUCUCCUGAGGAGGACCUCGGGCAGCGCCUUGAAGCUAAGCUACAGGCUGCUGCCCAGAAAAGGUCAAGGAUGUUGGAAAAGGCUCAAAUGCGCUUAGCUAGGUUGGAUGAGUUGCGGCAAGCAGCUAAAAGUGGGGUAGAAAUGCGUUAUCAGAAGGAACGAGAGAAAAUUGGCUCAAAAGUACAAUCACGUUUUCAACAGGCAGAGGCAAAUAGAAUGAUGAUGCUUAAGGCUUAUAGACAAAGAAGGGCCACACUAAAGGAGAGAUCAUCUCAGUCAUUAUUGCGCAAGAUGGCACGAGACAACAAAUACAAGGAAUGUGUACGGGCUGCAAUUCACCAAAAACGUGUGGCUGCUGAGAAGAAGCGAUUGGGAUUUCUGGAAGCAGAGAAGAAGAGGGCUUGCGCUAGGAUGUUGCAGGUUCGCCGAGUUGCUAAGUCUGUCUCUCAUCAACGUGAGAUUGAGAGGAGGAGAAUGAAGGACCAGUUGGAAGAUCGGCUACAAAGAGCAAGGAGACAAAGAGCAGAAUAUUUAAGGCAGAGAGGUAGGCUUCAUAAUUCCGUUCAAGUGAACUGGAAUACGAUGCACAAGCAGGCUGAUCUCCUCUCUAGAAAAUUGGCAAGGUGUUGGAAGCAGUUCCUUAGGCACAGAACUACCUUGUCAUUGGCAAAGGCUUAUGAUGCCCUAAAUAUAAAGGAGAAACACGUCAAAUCUAUGCCUUUUGAGCAGCUUGCUCUUCUGAUUGAGUCAGCUGACACUCUACAUGCUGUGAAAGCUUUACUCGAUCGUUUUGAGAGUCGAUUAAAGGUCUUAAGAGCUAUUGCUUCUGCUAGUCAUACACCCGGCACGGAGAACAUUGAUCACCUUCUCAAACGAGUUGCUACUCCAAAGAAAAGGACUACUCCAAGGAAAACUCUGAGGGGAAGAGAGGCAAAGAAAGCAACUACUUCCAGGGAGACAGCUAACAAUCUAACUAGAUUAUCAAGGUAUCCAGUAAGAGUAGCCCUUUGUGCUUACAUGAUCUUGAGUCACCCAGAAGCAGUUUUCAGUGGUCAAGGAGAGCGGGAGAUUGCUUUGGCCAAGUCCGCUGAAGAAUUUGUUCACGAGUUUGAAUUGUUACUGAAGAUUGUACUAGAGGGGCCUGUGCAUAGUUCUGACGAAGAGUCUGAGUCUGUGACGCCUAAACGUUCAACCUUCAGAUCGCAGCUAGCAGCUUUUGAUAAAGCAUGGUGCUGUUACCUAAAUUGUUUUGUGUUGUGGAAAGUUAAGGAUGCACAGUUACUGGAGGAAGAUUUGGUUAGAGCAGCUUGCCAGCUAGAGCUCUCAAUGAUGCAGAAGUGCAAGAUGACCCCCGAAGGAGAUAGUAGUGACCUUACUCACGAUUUGAAGGCUAUUCGGAAGCAGGUGGGGGGAGGGUGGGGUUGGGGGUUGUUCUUAGAAGAUUGUCUCAUUCUAGGAAAUGAAAAGGUUACAGAAGAUCAACAUCUUUUGAGGGAAAAAGUGCAUCACCUGAGUGGGGAUGCUGGGAUUGAGCGGAUGAAUUCUGCACUAUCUGAAACACGAUCCAAAUAUUUUCUAGCCAAGGAAAUUGGUAGCCCAUCGAGGUCACAGAUUACUCAUUUUAUCUCUCCAAGUCCGCCUAGUUCCUCAGGUGGUCCUUCGUUCACUACCUCAGACAAGAAAAGAAACAUGGUUGAGAGUAAAGAGCGUCCAAGCCGCGUGGUUCGCUCCUUGUUCAGGGAAGAUGAUACUCCUGAAGGCCCUCAUUCUUCUGCUCCAAUAGCCAUUUUGGAUGAACAACUGGGAUCUUCUAUUGAGAAGUUGGCCACAGAGAAUGAAUUGAUUGUAAAUGAAUUUCUUCACAAGCAGCAUGAGGGGUUCACUGAUAUCUUUAAUUUAAAUGAUGAAGAUCAAAACGGUGUAAAGGCAAAGAUAAGAGAGACUAUGGAGAAUGCUUUCUGGGAUAGCAUCAUGGAAUUAAUGAAAAGUGAGGAUCCUAAUUAUGAUCGCGUUAUUCAACUGCUAAAAGAGAUAAGGGAUGAACUUUGCCAGAUGGCUCCAGAGACCUGGAGACAAAUGAUUAUGGAAGCUAUUGAUCUUGACGUUCUCUCUCAGGUGCUUAAAUCUGGUAAUCUGGACGUUCAUUACCUUGGAAAUAUCCUGGAAUUUGCAUUGGACACUUUGCAAAAACUCUCUUCCCCGGCUAAUGAUGUUGAGAUGAAGAAUACUCAUCAGAGGUUAAUGAAAGAAUUAGCAGAUACAUGUCAGGCCAAAGAUGGCUCAAACCAUUCAAGUGUUAUUGCGAUGAUCAAAGGUCUGCGCUUUGUCCUAGGGCAGAUUCAGGUGCUUAAGCGAGAGAUAAGCAAAGCACGUAUAAGAAUCAUGGAACCUUUGCUAAAGGGAUCCGCUGGUUUGGAUUACCUCAAGAAUGCUUUUGCCAAUCGCUAUGGAUCUCCCUCUGACGCAUACUCCUCCCUACCAUUAACGGUGCAAUGGCUAUCUAUUGUGUGGAAUUGCAAAGAUCAUGAGUGGGAAGAACAUGGACAUUCCCUCUCUGCUUUGGACAAUGAAAGUUCAUCUCAUGGCUUGAUUCCUUCCACCACCCUUAGAAGUGGUGGAACCUUUGUGGUCAAACCUAACAUGACUUCUGUUGCAUCUGGGGCUACCAAGACCGCAGGUAAUCAACAGCCAGAAUGCAAGGGAGAAAGAGUUGAUUUGCUCGUCAGGCUGGGCUUGCUCAAGUUGGUAAGUGGUGUAACUGGUCUGACACAAGAAGUUUUGCCCGAAACUUUUAUGCUGAACCUCCAGAGGCUGAGGGCUGUUCAGGCUCAACUUCAGAAGAUUAUUGUAACUGCUGUCAGCAUUCUUAUUUGCCGACAAACCCUCGUAAGUGAGAGAAUAAUAGACAGCUCUAGGGAUAUGGAGGGAAUUGUGUCAGAAUGCAUAGAGAGACUAGUGGAGCUCUUGGAUGUUGUGGAAGAUGCAGGUAUUGAAGAAAUUGUUGAAUCAAUCAGUAGGUUCUCAGUGAACAGUCUCGAAGAUGGAGACGUCCAGAAGCUGCAAUCACGGAAGGCGGUCAUGGCGAGGAUGUUAGCAAGGAGCUUGCAAGCCGGGGAUCCUGUAUUUGAAAAGGUAUCCCGAGCUGUCUAUGCUUCUGCCAGAGGAGUCGUGCUCGGAGGGAGUGGACCCCAUGGAAGAAAACUAGCUGAGAUGGCGCUCCGACAAGUUGGAGCUGCUGUACUGAGUAAGAGACUGGUGGAAGCUGCUGAAGUUUUAGUGGUGGCUGCUACUGUAUCAGUUAGUGUUCAUGGACCAUGGUAUACACAACUGACUGAUACCAUGUGAAGUAUGAUUUGGCGUACAGAAGAAAAUAAUGCACAGAUGUAGAUGGUAGGAGUUUUUAUUUAAAGCUGUGUCUUAAUUAACUGCAGUUGUAAAUUAUGGAUAUAGAUUUUAACUAUUAAUGCAAAAUUCUUUCUUUCUUUGGUGUAAUACAAGGGAACAACAUAUGUAAAUAUGUUUGGAUGUAAUAAAGCGGUCUGUUUCGAUCCUUUCUUUGCC